AUGGGCAGCCCUGGCGAGGGCGGCGGCAACUCGGCCCUGGAGCUGAAGCACCAUGUGCUCAACGGCCGCCUGGCCCAGGCCAAGCGGCUGCUGGCGGCCACGAGGCUAUCCCUGGAGGACUGCCAGGACGAGGACGGCAACACGGCGCUGCACUGGUGCGCGCAGGGCCUGCAGGCCGACGCCGAGGGCCGCGACGCGCCGGACGAGGAGACGCUCGUCUUCCUCCUCCAGUCGGAGGCGAUGAUCGGGGGGCACGCCGACCCCUGCCGCGCGGACAUCUCGGGCGAGACUCCGCUCAUGGAGGCCGCCGCCGCGGGCCUGGAGGGCAUCUCGAAGAAGCAGCGCGAGAAGCAGGCGAAGAAGUUCGAGCAGACGCUGUUCGGGCAGCGCCUGCGGCCCGGCCUCGCCGCCGACAAGGACAGGCCGGGCAAGCCGUACCCGGAGUACGGGUUGAAGGCCGGCGGCGGCCAGAGCCGGGCCAGCCGGACUGUCAGCCAGCUCGAGGCGCAGCCCGUCGCGCACGAGGAGGCCGCCCGCGACAUCACCUCGGAGGUCCGGCUGCUGCGCCAGCUGGACCACCCGAACGUGGUGAGGUACUGCGACUCCUUCGCGGCCGCCUCCUCCUCUGGGGCCGCCGCGACGUUGUGGAUUGUCAUGGAGUACUGCCGCGGCGUCUCCCUGCAGGCCUUCGCGAGCUCGGCGCGCGCGAAGGGCCUCGCGCGCCUGCCGGAGGAGCAGACGGAGAGGAUCCUCGUGCAGCUCUGCCUGGCCCUGAAGUACCUGCACGUGGAGAAGGACAUCGCCCACCGGGACCUCACGCCCAACAACGUGCUCGUCAACUCGCACACGCUGGCGGUCAAGAUCGUGGACUUCGGAUGGGCCUGCUUUCCACCACCACCACCAUAA